AUGCCUCCCUACAUCUGCGAAAUCUGCAAUGAGACGCGAGCGCAAAUACUGCGUCCCAAAAACCAUUCCCGAAUCUGCGCGCCAUGCUUUAUCCAAAUUUUUGAGACCGAAGUCGCCGAAACUGUCACAUCUUCCAAUCUCUUCGUGCCCGGCGAGAGAGUAGCAAUAGGUGCAUCGGGCGGGAAAGACAGCACUGUCCUAGCUUCAGUCCUCAAGACGCUCAACGAUCGCCAUAACUGGCAACUCGAUCUCGUACUUCUCAGUAUCGAUGAAGGCAUUACAGGAUAUAGAGAUCACAGUCUGGAAGCUGUUAAGAGACAUGCUCAGCAGUAUGACCUUCCUCUGAAGAUCGUGAGUUAUCAGGAACUCUAUGGCUGGUCUAUGGAUCAGGUUGUAGCGCAAGUGGGCAAGAAGGGGAACUGCACAUACUGCGGCGUUUUUCGACGACAGGCGCUUGAUCGUGGAGCGGCGAUGCUGGAUGUGGGUCAUGUUGUGACAGGACAUAAUGCGGAUGACGUGGCUGAGACUGUUCUUAUGAACUUACUACGAGGUGAUCUACCACGAUUGAGUCGGGCUACGAGUAUUAUCACAAGUACACCUUCUGCCAGUGUGACGAAGAGCGAGGGUGGCAAGGUCAACUUCACGGACGUCAAGAGGAGCAAACCGUUGAUGUAUGCGUAUGAGAAGGAGAUUGUGCUCUACGCGCAUCACAAGAAGUUGGACUACUUCAGUACGGAGUGUAUAUACAGUCCCGAGGCUUUCAGAGGCAGCGCGAGGACCUUGAUCAAGAACUUGGAAAGGAUUCGACCGGAAAGUAUACUGGAUGUGGUGAGGAGCGGGAUUGACAUGGCCAAGCUUGUGCCCGGCGCCAAGACAGAUGGUGCCGGUACAGGUGCUUGUGGGACGGGAGAAAGUGGCGAAGCCAAAGGAGCAGAAGAUGAGGUAGUGGGUGGCUGUGGGACGGCGAAUGGAAAGUCAAGUGGAGGCGAGAUGGCCGAGAUGGAAAGGAAGCUGAGGCAAGAUGAGGAGGCUUUGGAGAACGGAACGGAGAUUGAGGUGCGAAUGCCUGCUAAUAGGAUCAAGCCUAGUCAACAGACGAUACCGAUGCGGACCAAGCAGGAGAAGAGAGGGGCACAGAAGGGCAAGGACGGCGCGCCGCCGAAGCAGAAGCUUGGGCAGUGUGAGAGAUGUGGCUAUCUGAGCUCACAGCAGAUCUGCAAGGCUUGCGUACUUCUAGAGGGACUGAACAAGGCUCGGCCACGCACCGAGAUCGAGGUGUCCGACGCUGCAGGUUGAACGCUCAAGGGUGCCUAAGCAUUGACUUAGAACAUCUGACCCGCUUAUAGACACAGCGGCUUUAGAGAGCUCCCAGAUCCACGCGUCCCUAGCCUGCGUUGGGAAUUUCACGCUGCGCUCAGCAGCUUCGGGUGGAAAACAAGAUUCUUGGCGAAUGAGGCAUGUCACAGCAGGUCUGUCUCAUGAAUGAAUACUGUAUCACAAGGCCAAGCUCAUGGACUCUUCGACUCCAGACUCGAUUCGAGGUAUGGUGCCGUCGGAAGAGCAUGUAGCUCAUGGUCACAGACACAAUGCUCCGUGUGCAUCUGUAAGAAAAGAAAACUUGAACACUCGCCGCCAAUGGGCAAAGCGAUAUUUGUGCAGCACUGUACUGUGCUGUGCUACGCUCAUGGUGAUGGUCGAGAAUUAGGUAAGGGUCAAGAC